AUGCUAAUAUUGUUUACAGCUAGAGAAAGAAAACCUCCAGAUCUGAACUCCUUGUUACUGAGCGAACGCAUUGUCUUCAUUGGACUGCCUAUUCAACCAACGGUUGCACAUUUAGUCAUAAGUCAGCUACUUUAUCUAGACUAUGACUCUGCAGAAAAGCCUAUUAAAAUAUAUAUAAACACGGAUGAUAGUAUUACUGAUAACAACGAAUUAUCAGUUUCGGAAAUCGGUGCUUUGAACAUUGUUGAUGUUAUGAACUAUCUAAAAAAUGAUAUAAUAACCCUGAAUCUGGGAAAGGCAUAUGGUCCCGCUGCUGUAAUUUUAGGCUCUGGUACACCUGGAAAACGCUUUGUACUACCGAGGUCUUAUACUGUAUUAAGACAACUCCCUGUAUCGCUUUCAUUUAGACAAGCAGAAGAUAUUUCUAUAUAUUCAAAGGAGAUAUUGAAAGCAAGAAAAUCUACCGUUCAGGUGCUAUCAAAAAUCUGCAACAAAACAGAAGAUGAAAUUCUAACUAAAUUAAAGUCUGGAGAAUAUAUGAAUGCCAAAGAAACGAUUGAUUAUGGUUUAGCAGACAAAAUACUAGACGAUAUUGAAUAG